GCGACCCCGGCUGUUCCCAGAUCAGGAUCGGAUCCCGCCGACAUCCCUAAUUGGAGACCGUGCGUCCCCGUGAGUUCAGACCUCGGGGAGCGCGCAAGGAAGAGGCCCCACCAGCCCACGAGCCAGCCACCGCACGGGCAGUACACCCGGGCCCCCAAGUCAGCGACUCGAGAGCACACGUCGUACAGCCGGCCCGUCGUGGCAGCAUCCCUUUUCAUCGUCGCCUCGCGUAGGAGAAACAGCCGUCUCCCGCCGCCUUCUCCCCCCUCCGCCUCCUCUCGCCGGCGACCAACCGACACCGGCCUCGAUGGCGGCGGCGCGGCUCCGCCUCCUCGUCUACGGGUCCCUCUCGUCGGCGGUGUCGAGUACACCGCCGUGGUCAAGGCGAGGUCUGCGCGCGCUGUGCACGCUCUCCACGACGCUGCGGUCCGGCGCCGGCGAGGACGAGAUCGAGCGCAUCCGCCGCGAGUUCGAGGAAGCCAAGCGCAACUACCUCAGCAUCCCCGCCGCCAUCAAGGGCAUGCCCAAGAUGAACCCGCAAGGCAUUUACGUGAACAAGAACGUCAAGUUGGAUGACCUGCAGGUCUACGGCUUCGACUACGACUACACGCUGUCGCACUACUCAGAGCAUCUGCAGUGCCUGAUCUACGAUCUCGCCAAGAAGCACUUGGUCGAGGAGUUGAAGUAUCCAGAGAGUUGCUUGCAGUACGAGUAUGACCGCACCUUCCCCAUAAGGGGCCUUUACUACGACAGACUAAAAGGGUGCCUUCUGAAGCUUGAUUUCUUCGGCUCUAUUGAACCAGAUGGUUGCUUCUUUGGCCGGCGGAAGCUGAGUUUGAGUGAGAUAAAAGAGGUCUAUGGCACGCGGCAUAUCGGCAGAGAUCAAGUUCGUCAACUUGUUGGGCUGAUGGAUGUCUUCUGUUUUAGUGAGGCAUGUCUCAUUGCUGAUAUUGUUCAGCACUUUGUAGAUGCCAAACUGGAGUUUGAUGCCUCUUAUGUAUAUGAGGAUGUAAACAAAUCGAUCCAGCAUGUCCACAGAAGUGGUUUAAUUCACAGGAAAAUUCUUUCUGAGCCUCAGAAAUUUCUGAUAAAAAAGAGCCAGGUGUGCCGUUUCUUACAGAUGCUAAAAGAGAAGGGGAAAAAACUAUUUCUUCUGACAAAUUCACCUUUCUACUUUGUCGAUGGAGGGAUGCGUUAUUUGCUAGAGGACCAGCAUUUUGAUGGGAACUCCUGGAGGGAGCUCUUUGACGUUGUGAUUGCGCAGGCAAAUAAACCAACUUUCUACAACUCAGAUCACCCGUUCAGGGUAUAUGACACUCAAAAGGAUACCUUAGCUUUUACUCCAGUUGACAAGUUCCUGCCAGAUCAAGUAUACUACCACGGCUGUUUGAAAUCAUUUCUGCAGAUCACAAAAUGGAGAGGCCCAGAGGUGAUAUACUUUGGUGACCAUCUUUUGAGUGACUUGAGAGGACCUGCAAAAGCUGGUUGGCGAACAGCUGCUGUAAUUCGCGAACUUGAGGAUGAAAUAGAAAUCCAGAACGGCGACAGCUACCGCUACCAACAGGCAAAAAUUAGUAUAAUACAUGAUAUACUUGGGAAAGUCAAUGCAACUGUGGUUAGUACCCAGAAAGGCCAAGUCUACAGAGCAUUGCUUGAGGAGUUGAAUGCAGAAAGGCGACACUGUCGAUCUGAGAUGCGAGAUCUGUUCAAUACCUCUUUUGGUGCAACGUUCCUUACAGACACUGGAAGGGAAUCAUCAUUUGCCUAUCACAUUCAUCAAUAUGCAGAUAUUUACACCAGCAAGCUUGAGAACUUCUUAUCAUAUGCCCCUGAAUCAUGGCUUCAUCCACCUCAUGACAUAAAGAUCAUGCCACACAUCGCGAAGGUUCCAGCAAGUCUGUUCAGUAGCUCGUAGUUAUCCUUUUUAGGUGGAGAACCGUAUGGUUUCUGCGCGAGACCACGGAACUGGACUGUGGACGGCCACUGCAUUCGCUUGGGUUACGAGUAAAGCACCAGAUGAUGCAUCAAUCCAACAGACCAUGCAAGCAAGCAGCAAGUUAGCAGUUAUUCCUCUGACUUGCCACAGAAACGGUGGCCACGUGAGUAGGACUCUUUUGCCUAUAUGAGGAGGCUUUUUAUCUGAGAAGCUGCUUCCUUUUGUUCAACUAUAUGGGUGUUCUAAAGAGUAAUGAUACCCAUAAAACCUAACAUCUGCAAUGGUUGUCAAUAAAAGUGUUGGCCACUACC